UGAAGGGAAAGGAGGGCGUGCUGUAUGUAACUAAGUGACGAAGAUGAGUUAAGAACGGACAUCGACGGUUACAGCCGUUGAAAAUUCCGUUGUUUUCUAUUCAACUUAAAAAUCCAAAUUUGAUUUAUAUUACAAAAAAAAUUAAGCGAGUGACAACUUAAAACCAGCUCGCGCUUCCCGCCUGUUCGGCCACAUUCUUUGCCUUCGCGCGCGGCCCUUCUUCUUCUUCUGUUCCAGGAUUCGAAUUGAACGUUUGUCGCGACUUUUUACGCUUGUCGUCAGUCUUCAACGUUUUCACCGUCAAAGGUGAUCGAAAAAAGGAGAUUUUUCUCGCCGCCUGCGUCUCGACUGCCAGCAGAAGGAGACUCUGCCUCGUCUCGUUCCUUCGGUGGGGGUUUCUCCUGUCGUUCAGCCCCGUGGGAUGAUGCCGCCGCAUAUGAGAUUUCGGAGAAGGUCAUUUCUCGGGCUGCUGUUCCUCUUCUCCCUGUCCACCUCUGCGCUUUACUUCAUCUACUCAGCUCCUGGAAUAGUGAAUGAGUACCUGUUCAUGGUGCAGGCCCGAGGGAUGAGGAUCCGGCAGAACAUGAGGAACAUUGGAGCUCAGGUUCUGGAGCAGGUGGUGAGAAGUGCCUACAACAUCAAUGGAACAGACUAUCCGUAUGAUUUCAACCUGAGUGAAACAGCUGCUCCCCCCACUCCAUAUCUGCCUGCAGGAUUCACCUACCUGCCCACUGACAUCUGUCCAGAGAGACUGCCCACCAUGAAGGGCCGUUUGGAGGUGAAUAUGAGCGAGAUAGCUCUGGAGGAAGUGGAGAGGGGCCUGCGGCAGGUGGACCCCAGCCUGGGACUCGGUGGCCACUGGAAGCCACAGGACUGCAUACCCCGCUGGAAGGUGGCCAUCUUGGUGCCUUUCCGAAACCGUCAUGAGCAUCUGCCUAUCCUCUUCCGGCACCUCAUCCCAGCACUGCAGAGACAGAGGCUCGAGUUUGGCUUCUAUGUCGUUGAACAGGCCAGUGAUGAGCCCUUCAAUCGUGCCAUGCUGUUCAAUGUGGGCUUUAAAGAGGCCAUGAAGGACCUGCAUUGGGACUGUGUAAUAUUUCAUGAUGUCGACCACAUUCUGGAGAAUGACCGGAACUAUUACGGCUGCAGCGAAAUGCCGCGUCACUUUGCUGUCAAGCUCAACAAGUACUCAUACAUGCUUCCCUAUGAUGAGUUUUUUGGUGGUGUCAGCGGCCUUACUUCCGAGCAGUUUCAGAAGAUAAAUGGAUUUCCCAAUGCAUUCUGGGGUUGGGGAGGGGAGGAUGAUGACCUUUGGAACAGGGUUCAGUAUGCUGGCUACACCGUGAGCCGACCUCCAGGAGACAUUGGACGUUAUAUGUCCAUUCCUCACCACCACCGAGGAGAGGUCCAGUUUUUGGGGAGGUACACAUUACUCCGUCACUCCAAGGAGCGUCAGAGGCUGGACGGCCUGAACAACCUGCGCUACUCCCCCCAAGUGUCCCGAAGGAGUCUCUACACCAACAUAUCUGUUGCUCUGAGCCGAGACUUGGCCCCCAUUGCAGACUAUUAAUGACCAUCACUCUGUCGCAUUCACACUUCAGCAGAGGGCAGGACACGAAUCAGUCCUGCCCAACUCAACCGUAUCACCUAGCAAGGCCAGAACACCUUUCAGGACUCAUCUUCUCACUGCUCCACAAACCUCUGCGGAACAUUUCACUUUUCUUUUCGAUUUUCAUUUCAUAACGUUUUUGCUCUAGAGAAGGAAAGACGACGCAGUCCUGCAACAUUCUGCUACAGGCUAAUUAUUGAGGAGGAACUGUUUUUUGUGAGCUUUCUUUUAUAUCACAUCACGCUUUUCAGGUAUCGGGUCUCCGUCCGCCUUUUUGCAACACCAUUUCGGCCUUUUGCUUCUGCAAUUGCUUCGUUCGUUUAGCCACUCUUUCCCCUCACUUGUUUGCUAAAUGGAUUGGCUGAAGCUCACCUGCCCGGACUCUGGCCGCGCCUAACCUCUCUGCUGACCAAACCAGACACCACCAGAGCAACGAGUGCCGUGUGUCUUCUAACCAGUCCACAGCGAGAGUGGAGUCAUGUGUUUACAAUGGGAAUGAGUAAGCUAUCCAGUGCGACAACAAGCAUGGCGCUCGAUGCAGAUACAUUAGUUGCUGCCACAGGAGAACGUCUCAUUCCUUCGUCUAGAAUAAAGCGCAGCGGGUUCUGUGCAAUACAAUAUAAACAAACAUGCACUGAUAUAAAUGGGAUAGACACCGUCAGACAUGGUAGGCAUCCUGCGUCACAACGAGUUUGAGUGUUUUGCGUGUGCAUAGACUCUAUUCGCAUGCCUAUAGCCAGUAUGGUAACAGCGCACUAACUCACAGCCUAAACAAAUGCAUGGGGACCUGUUGGAUUAGCUCAUUUGAGGUUUGAGCGUAUGAUGGAGCAAUACACAAGUGUAGGCAGUCCUGUUUACACCACUAGAUGACAUAAGGCAUUCUUGUAGAGAGAUUUUUUGCAUUUCAUUUUUUCAAUCAUGAGAAAGGGGGUGGGGGUUCACACUGACCGCUAAUGCUAUGCUAGAAUGCACUAAGAAAAGGCAAUAGACUAUGCAAACCCCUCUGACGCAUCUACUGGAAAAAUAUGUAAUAACAGUGGAGGGCAUUGAAAAAGUCUAUUGUGACAUGCAAUUGUUGUGCUCUUUAUGUAUGCGUAUUGGCUUUGUGUGUGCGUGUGAGAUUGAAGAGAGCUAUGCAAAAAGGUGACAUAAUUGUUGUGGAAUUGAAGGCUGCCUGUGUCCUCUGAAAGUGUUUGUCCUACUAUCCUUUGUGCAAGUCUGGAUUAAAGAAUACAUCAAAAUCAGCAAGAUAAAGAAUCAGCAAAAUUGUUGACUGAAGGCUAGUGAUGCAGCUAUGAUAACCACUAGCCACUGAUAUUCAUCGUUAGCCAGGUUAGUCUUAUUAGGUGAUCUUAUUGGGAUCACCAAAAACUACAAAAAAAAAGUUGUAAUGGCCAAAUGCAACCAAGAUAACCAAUAGCCACCGGUAAUUUCAUUAUUCUACUCUAUUCUGUUCUUAGGUGGCAUAUUCUUUUAAGAGAAGACCACUUGGUGUUUCAAAAUUGAAGUUGCGAUGAUGCCCAUUUUUCAGGGUUAUGCAACCAGCUGCACAUUUCUGUAUAGUGAUGUUUACACAGUGAUGUUAAUGGUGUUUAAAACACACUGGAUUCACUGUUUAGCAAAUGUCAUGCCUGGUUUACAUGGGGCUUCUAUCAUUCUUAACCCAAUGUUCUCUCCAAGCUCUGCAAUGUUUUCCAAUGUCUGCAACAUCGUAAUUUGGCCAGAGUAAGAGGCACAUAAGCUAGACACUAUGCAGAUGCCACUGAUUAAGGCAUUAUAGCGAAAAAUUAAUCAUCAGCCAUUUCUGGGCACACAACCAGAAAGCACUGGCAGUAACGUCUGUCUGAAAGGGAGAGUUGGACAGACAUGGGCAGUAUAGGAUCAGAAGCUGCUAGAGGAGUGGUAGGAAGAUGUCAUAGCAGUAUAUUUUGUGCUUUGAUAGAGGAACAUUUUCAGAUUUGCAGAAUAUGCUUUGCCAGAUAUACAUUACUGUUCAAAAGUUUUGAAAAUCAUGUCAUUUUAAAAAUGAAAUCAUUUUAAAACCAGUCCUCAGGGACCCACAGAUGGUCCACAUCUUUGCUCUUUGAUCUCGAUAUGUUGCAAAUUAGAUGGGAGCAAAAAUUGCCUGAGGACCAAAUUUGAGAACCACUGCCCUAAAGAAACUUUCAGUGAAGAAUCAAUUUUGUAAAUAAAAUAUAUGAGUGGGAAGAACCUCUUCAAAGUUUGAAGAACUUCCACAGAUGUAAAGUCUUUAGUAAGAGUCCUUAAAUUGGUUUAAGAACCUUUAUAUUAUGUGAAUUUUGUUUAUAACUUUGAAAUGUUCUUCAUACUCACACAUUUCAUUUGCAAACAUGGUUCUUCAGGGCACUAAAAUGGUGCUUCUGUGUGUAGAUUCAUUUUAUUUUAUUGAAAACUUUUGAAUGUGGUUCCAAACUUAUGAACAGUAGUGUAGGUGAUACAUUAGUUGUAUAAAUGUUGUGCAGACAUCCCACAGCAUCAGUAAGGCACCUGUUUUAAUCAUACAGCAAACAUAGAAUGAUAUUAUUAUGACAUGAAUUGGGAUGUACUGUCUCGCUCCUACACUGAGUGCGUGUAUGUUUGCAUAGGUUACAUUAUACCUCUGUAGUACACUGGGAAGUCAAUAUCCCAGAGCACACAGCCUCUUCUCGCUCUUCAGCAUGUGUUUAUACAUAACAGACCCUCAUUUCCCCUAUUCAGUCAGUGCCUCUAGCUACCUCUAUGCCAGUUAAACUAACUGUGGCCAUAGGUAAAGCCAUUUGUAAUGAUCCGUUAGAGGUUGUGGGAUGUUUAAUUUGAGGGCCAGGCUCGGACAAAGGGCCUGCAGAUCGAGGUAGAUUGCGAAACUACACAUGAUCUAGCACACCCACACGCACGCACGCACGUGCACUCUUAUGCCCCCGCUUCCCCCCCCCCAAAACUAGACUUGAGCUCAAUCACUACGCGCAGGUUUCGUUGCUUGUCGUACAUUGACCUGACGUUUAGCAAGUGUAAUAGUGUCAGUUAGCGUGCCUGAAGUUGUGUAUGUGUGUGUGUGUGUGCAUUCAUCCUAGAGGCUGGCCCUCUUGUAUUUAUUCUUUUGUGGACCUGUGUUUGAUUUGAUUAUUUUUUAUUAUUAUGUUUUGUUUCAUUUGAUUGUAAUUGUGUAGAACGUGAAAAAAAAGAUCUACUACUGUAAAAUGAGCGGAGCUGUGAUAAAAAAAAACAAACAAACAAAGCAAGCGCACUGAAACUGACAGUACGGUCGUGUUUUUAAGGUGAUGAUAGUCCGUACUGUAUCUGCCGUUUAGCCGAAUGGAGAGCCAUUUUUAUAUGAGGACGCCUGAACGAGGGAGAGAGAGAAAGACUGUUUGUUAGUGGCAGCUUUGAUUUUUUUUUUUUUUGCUUUUCCGAGCCCCUGUCCACCCCAGAAUCCCAUCAAUAAUCUAUGGUGCUGACCUCAAAGACAUGAGUAUUGUGUGACUUGCUGCUUUUCCUUCUGUGACUGAUCAUUAUUGCUAUAUUUAGCUUUGGCUUCUUUUUCGUGCUUCUGUCCCUGGCACAGAAGCACAUAAUCUAAUCACAGGGCCAAAUACACUGAAGGUGGUGCAGUGGGAGGCUUAUGCCAAGCAAAUUACAGUCUUCUCUCCUCGCCCGGCGUCUGACGGAAAUGGUUUGAUAAUGCCAAGCUUGGGGGUCUUUACUUAGAACUGUGGUUAAUGUAUUUUGUCUGUAGUUGUGUUGUGUCACAAUAGUGACUUAGUGAUUAAAUUCAGAACCAGCUUCUCUGACUGGCACUUAAUGACCAACAUCACAGUAGUGUCCUUAGGUGCUUUCCAGGCCUUCUUAAAUAAGGAUUUGAUCUUCCCUGGUUCAGAUAAAUGGUAAAUAAAUGAAAAAUACUGGUCUUGAGGCACUAAAGGGGCCUUAUUGUUGGGAGGUUGUGAGUUAGAUCCUUGGUAAUGCCACAGCAAUCCAUGGAUUGGAGACCAAGAGAGCAAAACUAGUCUUGUUUUUGCUAGGUGGGCUAAAAUGGCCUUCCCUCUCCCCCCUAAUCCAGCAUGAUGCUGUGAUCUUUUAAUGAGAAAGUUUGGGGACAAUAAUGAGAAAUUUUAAGUUAAGUGUAAGUGCUAAACUAGUCCAAUGCUUUGUGAAGGCAGAGCUGAAAGUAGAGGGCGAUGGUGAGCCCGUCAAGUCCCCCAAAAACUAAAUCUAAGUCUGUAGACAUGCUUAGAGGACAUAGCAAAUGCAGUUAACAUAAGCAUGAUCUCUCUCAAGGAAAAAAAAAAUCGGUUUAGUUUGCUAAAGAUAGUGUUUCGCUAGCUAGCUUAUUUUGCUUGUGUUAUCAAUUAUACUCUGUAUGUUAACUUGAGGAAUUUGGGGGGAAGGUUUUAGAGGGGACGAGCAGCUGUUUGCUGCCUCAAUCCAGCACUAAAAGUUUAAGUUGUCCCCACAUAUGUUUUCUCAUUAUGAGAUCACAUCUGGCCUUGCAAGACUAGUGCAAUGCUAGCCAACGCCACAUCUGUCAGCUGACAUAUCAUAAUUAGCCGUUAUCAUUCUACUCUAAGCAGUGGAGCUUCACGUGUCUCAGAUGACACCUGGCCUUCACCCUCCAAGCUUGGAGGCAUUGUGUGAUUGGUGGAGACUUAAGCAGCAGCUGGAAUUGGACACAUCUACAUUGGGAAGAAAGUCGAGUAAUCUGGUCUCAGAUCACUUGUAAGUGUGUUUAGAGACCGGUCUUCUUUAUUUCUUUAUUAGCCUUAUUUUAUCUAAACCUCUCUGUGUAUAGACCCCCUCAUUGGCAGUCUCCGUUCUACCAGAGCCAUGUUAAAUUUAUUCAUUCUGAUCCAUUCAGUAUGACAGGGAGGAGUCUUUCCCCCUCGAACGAAUGGCAGCCUUAAUUUAUUCAAUAUUAUUACACUUUUUUUUAUUUUUUUAUAGUCAGAUCUAUUUAAAAUUCUAAGGCAUAUAUAUGUGAAAGUCCACUUGUACAUAGCGUUUAGUGUAUUUUAGGAGUUAAAAAUAUAAAAAAAGAAAGGUCUUACAAAUCACAACAAAAGCUAUAAUAAUACUGAACAAAUAUUCAGAGUCGUUUACCAGAGGUUGAUUUGGUGCCAUGUAUGUUCUGCCAUUGAUCCUUAUAAUGUCAAUAAAAAAUCUCCCACGUUUUCUAAAGGUAAUGUUUUUGGCAGAGAGAAAUUUCUUAAUUGGGAGUGGCUCUGGCAGCCAAAAAGCUAAUCCAUUCUCAUUUCCCUGGCCUACCAAACUAAUACUUCAGUAAUCAUCUUCGAAUUCUACAUUCUUUUAAGUGUCUUUAUAUGGAUCUAACAGAUAUGUACAUGUUUAGAUAAAUAAAUAAAAUGAUAAUAAUAAUAAAUGCUAUCCUAUGUGAUUGUAAGGAGAUGGUGUCUCCUUGAUCUAAAGCCAUUUGCCACUGUAUCAUUUGUCUCUGCCUUACGUGUUCGUGUUAUAUGCUUGGAGUAUAGAUGAUGAUUUGUAUGACAUGAGAUUUUUUUUUUAACAAUUAUUGUUGAAAUUGCAGAAGUACAAAAAUAAAAGAGACAACAUAUCUA